AGAUUCCUGAGUUCUGUAUUUCCUAAUGCUCAAUCUUUAUGAAUUUUUCCUUUGCCCUGCCUUGUUAAGGAUAGUACUACCAUUGUGGAAGGGGAAGCUGUUUCUUCAAGUAACUUUGGUUUGUUGGUAAAAAGAUUUGCCUUUUCAAAUUAUCAUAAUGCAGUUUUUUGGUAGAAUGAAGCACUCUUUUUGUAAAGGUGCACCAGGGUAAUGUGGAAUUGGAAUUCUAAACAACAUAUAAACCCAAGAUUAUGUACUUUCUAAUACAGAUUUAAGUGGUAUUGGAGCUGCUGGAGCCCCUCUAGCAUUGAAAAACAGCACCUUGCACUGAGCUCAGAAGAUAACUGGGUUAAUGCAAUCCUUAAGCUUUCAGAAGAGAGGAAAGUUAGAGGUGGCAAUAACUGCCACCCUCAUGGCAUGCUGUGCCCUUAAAAUGAGAUGGUUGUAGCAACUCUCUUGUUACUUGGACAUACAUGAGGUAUUAAAUGUGCCUAGCUUGGCUAAUACAGUACACACCAGAACUGAAAGUAGCCUCUAGUCAAUUUGCUGAGAAGACUGUUUAAUCAUCACCUAACCACAUUAUGAAGACUUGCUAUUACAUAUGUGCACAAUUCAACACAGGAUCUUACUAAUUGUACCUUUCUGAGCAAGUGUUUAUGUCCAGUAAAUUAGUUUUUCAUAUUGGAGGGCCUUUGAAACUAGAUGGUACUCAUGCAUGUGUAAUGUUUGGUUACCAAAACAUUAUUUCAAUUGUAUAGUUCGUUUAAACAAAAGUAAAAUGAUUGUAUUCUUUAUGCAUACAUUUGCAGAAUGUAGAUUUAUACUACAUACUUGAAUAUGCAUAUUGUCUUGCCCGUUUAUUCAUUCAUGUAUUCUAAAACCUUACAAAAUAGCCCCGUCCUCCUGAGUUCCUGCUUCCUCGACUGUCUGACUUAAUCCUCAUCAAGAUGUUAAACUGCAGUCCUUUUUGCCAACAGAAACUUUAAAAGAAUGUUUUUAAACUACCAUGAGCCAGAUAAUAAAUACUACAACUAGGUUUCGCUAGUGGAGUAUGGUUGAGGCUGCCAGAGCGGAACUGCUACUCAAUUCAGCGAGCCAUGCUUUCGCAAACCCCGGAGGACCACAGUCUAGACGCCCCCUACUUGGCGUCCAGAAACCGGGGGCCUGCCGCAGAAGAGCGACCUGAAAAGACUGAGCUUUGCAUCAUCAGUUGGCGCCGGAAGUGGUGGCUCCUUGGAGACGGGACGCGCGAAGGCGUUGCGAUGGGGGCCGGAGCGACCUAUCAGGAAGAAGCAGUCCUAAAUCGAUGGUGCUGGUUCUUCCCUUCAGAGAAAGCGGCUGAGGCAGGUUGGCGCGAGGAUUAGGUGCGCUAGUUCACUGCUGUAAUCAAGGGGCCGGGAAACAGGAGGCGGAGCUGGGAUUAAGCUUUUACCGUGCCGCACUCCGCAUUUUCAGAACGGAAACCUUUCCCUCGCUUCCAACAUCGCAAUGGAAACUGUCCCAAGUUCUUCUACUGAACAGCAAGGCUCUGACAAUGACUCAGAUGCAGAGAGCAAAGCAGAUCCAGAUACCCAGGCCCUGGAGUACAUUGAACGUGUUCUUGGAACUUCAAGACAGUCCAGGCAGGCAACCCAGUGUCUCCCUCCAGAGUCUCUCUCAAUCGGUGGUAGAGCCCGAACAUCAGACCUCAGAUCACCUCUAGAACUAAAAAAAUCUUCUGUUAUUGAUGAAACUGCUUCAGGGCUAUUAUCUCUUCCUCUAGAGUUGAUCUUAGAAAUCUGUUCCUACCUACAAGCCAGGUUUGUUUUGCGUGUCCUUCCUUUAGUCUGCAGGACACUGAGGGACAUUGUGCAAGAUGAAGUCACUUGGAGAAUUCGCCUGUUAAAAAGAAUUGGCAACUGCUAUCCAGUUGUAGAAGGUGAUGAUUUUAACUGGCCAACUGCUUGUAUUGAACUAGAGGAACACCUCCAACAAUGGGCAGAGGAUGGCAGGAACACAGAGUAUUUUUCCCUUACUGAAGGGCACUUUGCCUCUGUUGAUUCUGUACUGCUCCUUCAGGGUGGGGAGCUCUGUAUUUCUGGCUCUCGAGACCGAAAUGUCAACUUGUGGGACCUAAGGCAGCUGGGCAAGGCACCAGAAAAAGUUCUAGUGAAGGCGCUGGGGACAGAACGCAAUGGAACACACAAGGGGUGGGUAUGGUCCCUGGCUGCAAGAGAUAACUGUGUAUGCUCAGGCUCCUGGGACAGCACAGUGAAGUUAUGGGACAUAGCUGCUGAUGGGAAACAGUUUGGCGAAAUCAGGGGGAAGGCAGCUGUGUUGUGCCUUUCUUAUCUGCCUGACAUUCUGGUCACAGGAACUUAUGACAAGAAGGUGACAGUCUAUGAUCCACGAGCUGCUCAUGCCCUAGUGAAGAGCCGCAAGCUUCACUCCAGUGCAGUCCUAUCCCUUGUAGCUGAUGAACACUUCAUUAUCUCUGGCAGUGAGGAUCGAACGCUGGUAUGUUUUGACAGGCGGACCAAUAGUGUGCUUCAAAGGCUACAGUUGGACACAUAUCUACUUGCCAUGUCGUACCAGGGUUCUCAACUAUGGGCUGGAGACAAUCAUGGAAUGCUAUAUGUCUUUGAGAACAAUGGAGGGCAUUUCCAGCACAUUCGGUAUUUUGAUGUGGGUCAUCGCUCUCAGAUCACUGGAGUCCAACACUCAUUGGGUGCACUGUAUACAACUUCCACUGACAAGACAUUCCGUAUUCAUGUUCCUACAGAUCCACCAAAGGUCAUCUGCUCACAGACACACAGCUGUGUGCUAAAUGGGGUCAGUGUUGAAGGAAAUAUGGCAGUAGCUGCCUCAGGUGGUUUGUCCUUGGAGGUUUGGAAACUCAGUGUUUGAUGACAAGCUGCAUACUGAUCCAUGCUCACCAGUACAGGAUCAUCAAGUACAGUGCGUUGGAUGAUUUCCUCACGGGUUCUGGUGUCCUGAUGUCUGUUGAGUUGUUGGGGUUUUUAAUAUGUUCUUUGGGGCUGAGUAGUCAAAUGUUGAAGCUUCAGCCUUGCUUGCCCCAGUAGAUGUAACAGAGAGGUUUGCACAGAGGCUAGUGUAUCACCAUAUGAUUCGCACUUGAACCCUAACCUUAACCUAACCUUUCCUUUUUGGCCACCUCUCUCAUUUCAUCUUGUGGGGCUGAAACACACAUGUGUGUGUACCCUUUGCACCCUCUAGUCCCUUAGACAGGUCUGCCCCACUCAACUUAUAGGAGCAGCAUCUUCUCUAUGGCUUGAUGUCUGAGAACUCACUGGCUUAUCAGGUGAAUAGAUGUGUCUGUAUAAGCACAGCUCUAAGUAUGAAGGGGUGAAUUAUGGGCUGAGGGGAGGGUGAAGGUUAAAAAGACUAUCCAGCUACCCUGGUCUGAUGAAUGUCUACAUUUAAUUAAAAAUAUUCUGCCAUAAUGGCUGAUCAAGAGUUAUGUUGCCUUUUUUUCCCCUCUCUUAGCAAGCUAAUCUUGUCUUGAAGUAUAGUUCUUUAUGGGAUUUGAUUUAGAAUUAAGAAAUGGAACCCACUAAGCAAGAUCAUAUGGCUAAUUUUGACUGUACAACCAUUCUCUCAGCUUUGUCACUAUUAAAUUAUAACAAAGACAUGCUUUGAGCAAGGUGAACUAUCUCUUCAAUGACAUAUGGCUAGGUUCACAUAUUGUACUAAGCCACAUGGCUUCCUUGGUUUUGUUUUAGUGUUGUGUAUGAACCAUAUCACAGUUUUUUAUAAAGCUUGGUUUAUAGUCUGGCAUUAUUGCAUUAGCCCCUAAGGUUUGUUCAGUUUAACAUGAUUAAAGUAAACCAAGGGUUAGCAUAAUGUGGGAAUCCAAAAUAUAGACUGGGAUGCCACACAAAAUGUCAAUUGUUGUAUUUGUCAUUCAUUCAUUUAUUUGCCAGCUCUUUGGCAUUUUAUAAGCAAAAAUCUAAGGAUUGGUUAAAUCUUAAUGAAUCUGAAUAUAUGCAUGUAAACGUGCUUUUGAAUUAUCUAACAAAAGCAAAUCGAUAAGCUAAAAUCCUUCCCUCGUAUUUUUGUUGUCUCUGUACUACAGCCAGAAUUAGAAAUGUCACUAACUCUGAGCUGGACAGUGUCAUUCUUUUUCUCCUAUAUAAUAGGGACAUUAUAAUCUGCAGGAUAGAUAGCAGGAAUAAUUGC